CAAACGUAGUAAUCGCCUCUUAUGAGAUGGCUAGACAUUAUGUCGCUAGCAUAGAGCAGAGUCUUUCUUCUCCAUCACGUAUGUGAAAGGGAGCGAUGGGGAACUCGCCUUGCUCGAGGAGGGAACAGCUUGAAGUCAGCCCAGAAGUUUUGGUUUGUCGAUUGAAACGGGCUGCUUACAAAGGCUCUAAUAAGCAUCUUCGGGAGCUUUUGAAAGCUGGUGCACCUAUCGACGGUUGUCACAAAUACGGGAAGACUGCGCUUCACGAAGCCGUGAGGCACGGUCAAAUUAGAUGUGUUGAAAUACUUCUGAACUAUCGGGCCAACGUAAAUAUAUCAACGUAUGAUGGACUUACACCGCUACAUGAGGCUGCCGAACAAGGCUUUGUAGAUUGUUUGGCAGCACUUAUAAAUCAUGGAGCUGAGAUAAACGCCGCGACUAGAAGUCAGUGGACGGCACUGCAUUAUGCUGCAAGGAACGGACAUAGGGACUGUUUAGAAGUCCUUUUACAACAUGGGGCUAAUGUAAAUGCAACCGCAAACGGAGGCUGGAGACCUUUGCAUACGGCUGUUCGUCAUGGGCACACAACGUGCGUUGAACUCUUACUCCGCUAUAACGCCGAAGUAGACCCUCCUUUGGUGCCUUCGUAUCGGAUUCUUCAAGUCCCUCUCCACCAUGCAGCAGAAUAUGGGCAUCUAGCUUGCUUAGAGGCUCUUCUAAGGCAAGGCGCAGAUGUUAAUUCUAAGACCGCGGAAGGCUGGACAGCAAUGCAUUCAGCAGCGCUCUACGGCCGCACAUCAUGUGUGGAAGCACUGAUCAGAUAUGGUGCAGAUGUAAAUGCAAAGACAAUAUAUGUAACACAAGGGACAUCUUACAACGACACUCCUCUACAUUUGGCUGCUCGUCAUAGCCACACAAUGUGCAUCAAAAGACUUAUACAGGCUAAUGCCAAUUUAUGGACUAAAAAUUGCCUUGGACUAACAGCCGAAAGGUUUGUCACAGAUUCAAGGGUGCAGAAUUGGAUGGAAAAUAUCCGAUGCAGACCCAGGUCUCUACAACUGCAGUGUUCUGCAGCAAUCAGAAACUAUGUAAAACAUGACAAAACAAAAAAUGCGGUGAAGCUGCCUCUUCCUCCGCAUCUUUUAAGACAAGUACUUUUCGAACAAGACAUCAAGAUUGUCUAGCACAAAAUGGUAUCGUUAGUACUUCUACUAUCAAGAAUGCUGAAAUUCAAAGCCCUGGUUAUGCAACGAAAAUCAGACCCACGAGUUUUGAUUAGCAUGAUGCAACCUUGCUAUGACUCAAGGCAGUACAAUGUGACUCAAGAAUGAUUUAUUUAUGGCUAUGGUUACAGCUUUAACUGAAAGGUGCCCCUGCAGCGCAAUUCUUUGCUGGUCGUAGUUUCAACUCAGUCACGGAGUUUAACCAUAAAGAACAACUCUAUAGUCAUCUCAAGUAUUUAAAACUUCAUCAGUUUAUAUUCUUUCAAAUUUUCAGUUUUUGUGUUCACGUGACAUCAUCCAGUUUGGGUGACACAUUCAGUUUGAUUUGUUUUAAGAUCAGUUUUGAUAUUCUGAUGUACAGUUUACUGUACAUUCAGCUUAUUUUUUUCACAUUUGAAAGUUCACAAGCUUUAUUUUACUGAAGUUACACUUUUCACACCUUAGUCAGGGAGUUGGUUUUAGUUUGGUAUGAUUAUCUUGAAAAACUACCUAUUUCUACAUCUUUUCACAAACCAACAUCAAUCCCUUGACUCUCAAGAUCUGAUUGGUAAUCUUCUUCUCCUGACUGCCUCAUUUUUGUUGUGAAUUGGACACAAGAAUUUGGUAUGAUGUCAAGCUCGCACCCUCUAGCUGACAAACUUGUUUGUUCUCAUCUCCUACAUUAAGGGUGGUCUAUUAAAAUUGUGAAGAUAUCUUACUUAUUAAUCACUUCUGGGAGUCAAAUAAUUCAAGUAUUACACAAUCAACCACACUUGCAGUUAUUUUAAGUUGCCUAAUGGUUAUGGCAUUGAAUUUUAGUCAACUGGUGAAGUAAAACUUUGGAAAGGUAUGCAGUGAUAUCCACAGUACUAAUGACAGAUUUAGACAGGGUCCUUAAAAAAAAAUUUUGGCAACUUUUCUGACAACACCUUUUUUGCAUUUUAUGGGCUCCACAAAAUGCAAAACCAACAAGAAUUGAAAGAGUUUCAGAGAUAGAGACAAAAUUUCCUUCCUUCAACGCUAAAUCAAAGAAACAUUAAUGUGUCAUUUCUUUAAAAAUGAUAUGUAUACAUAUUGUAACGAAUUUUAAGUCAAAAUAAUCGUAAAUACUUUGAUUUUGUUUUUCACUUUUUGCUAGGUACAUAUCCACAAUGUUGAAACAAAGAAUAAUACCAAUUAAUGUAAUGUGAAAUAAUUUCAACCUGGAGUCAUUUUAAAUUACUCUAUAAAUAUCUACCACUUAUCUCUCUUUCAAAUUUGACAGAAUGUAUGAUCAGGACAUGUGCUCCAAUUAAGCAUUUUUGCAAAGAAAUUUUGCAAAUGUUGUUAAAAAGUUGGAGGAAAGAUGUGAAAAAUGAUGAAAAGAAUUUGUCAACUAACAAAGGUAGUAGUAUCAUUAUUAUAAAUGAUAAUAAUAAGUUUCAAUUUUAGUCAUGCAAAAACAUGUCUUUAAGUUCUAUCUAGAAGACCAGAAUCUACAGACUUUAGAAAGGAAGAUAACUUUAAAUCUGAAUCUCUUUAUGUGGCAGGAAGUAAGUAUAUUUUGUGUCCCUCUCUCAGAUGAUCAAGGUGUCAGAAUUUUGUUGUGUAAUCCUAAGGUUGCAAAGUAUAGAGAAAUUUUUAUUUUUAUCUUUGAAUGGUUGUACUUAAUGGCUGGCCAGGGCUGCAGGCGCAAAUUGGGAGCCUGGAACAGAAGUGACACUGUCUCAUUUCCAGUCCUACUCCUAUUUUGCUUCACUUGCAAACAAGUUAAAAAAAUUAUUGCAUUUAUAACGUUCCAUACAUUUGAUAUACUUCACAUAUGAAUUAAAUGUUUGUCUCCUUUUUAAAGAGACAACGGCGAGAAAAACGAAAUUGUUACAAAUAAAGUAAGAUAGCAAAG